CACUGAAUCCAAUUCUCCACUCCUCUUUUUGCUACAGAAAGGGGAAACUGUGAAGAAGAUGCGUGAAGAGAGCGGCGCUCGGAUCAACAUCUCAGAAGGAAACUGUCCUGAGAGGAUCGUCACCAUCACUGGACCCACAGAUGCCAUUUUUAAGGCCUUCGCUAUGAUCGCGUACAAGUUUGAAGAGGAUAUAAUCAACUCCAUGAGCAACAGCCCAGCCACCAGUAAGCCCCCUGUCACUUUGCGUCUCGUGGUGCCCGCCAGUCAGUGCGGCUCCCUCAUCGGCAAAGGAGGCUCAAAAAUCAAAGAGAUGAGAGAGUCCACAGGAGCUCAGGUGCAGGUAGCAGGGGACAUGCUGCCUAACUCCACAGAGCGCGCAGUGACAAUCUCCGGCACCCCGGAAGCCAUCAUCCAGUGUGUCAAACAGAUAUGUGUGGUCAUGCUGGAGGUACAGUAUUGUACAGUGUUGUUUAAAGGAUAAGAAUGAAAAAUAUUUCAUUGUUUACACCUCGUCAUGUUGUUUUAAACCCAUAUGACUUUCAUUACUCUGUUGAACACAAGAAGUUAAAAAAGGAAAAAAAGCACCAUCAAGGUUCAACUUCUGAAGCUGUAUGAUCAUUUAAAGUUGCCUUAAAUUUAAGAUUUGAAUUGCAUAUAAAAUUGCUAUUUAUUUGGAUUACACAGUUUUAACAUAAGUAAACUAUUAAUCUUGUGAUACAUAUUCGUCAGUCAUGUAUAUAUAAAACAUGUAAGAGAAUGAUUGCACUCAAAAUAAAUCAUGGCAUGGUUAAGUUAUUAACUAUGUA